UUAGGGCAACGAAGUGCAAGUAUAUUACUAGCCCGUGCACGACAACUUCAAGUGGUACGAAAACCUUGAUUCAAUACGGAAAACGACUACAACAUGAACCACUUUAAGCUACCAGCAGACUUCCACUAACGUUCCUACCUCUCCCCAGUAGAAGCUGGGAGCCGGUAAUGACUAUCACUAGGUCUUGUAUCUCUUCACCUUCUAUCUGGUCCACUAUCUCCUCGCAACAGGUCUCAACGUUUAAAAGCAUUCUCACCAGCAGCGCUGCCAUUAUUGAGGCUGAACAAGGAGAGUAAUUUGUUUGUACAAUCAUCAAUCCUAUUUAACUGCAUUUAGUCACGAGUAAUCGUGAACGAUAUAGAUCGUGAAUGUUAUUCUAUUGCCGAAAGUAAACGGCGACCAACGAGGCAGUUCAACAGACGGAGCACCAUGCAACACCUCAAGUACAAGUCGGGUUUUGGAAACGAGUUUUGCAGCGAGGACCCGCGAUGUCCGGGCGCCCUACCUCAUGCCCAAAAUAAUCCUCAAAAAUGUCCAUACGGCCUGUACGCGGAGCAAUUGUCUGGAACUUCGUUCACUUCGCCCAGAGAAAUAAACAAGCGCAGUUGGCUGUAUCGAAUCCGUCCUUCGGUAUUGCAUGUACCAUUCGAACGUUUCCUUACAACGAACAACCUGAGCGAUGCGUGGCGCAAUCAGUUUCCGAACCCCAAUCAGAUACGGUGGCGUCCAUUUCCCGUACCAGAUGGAACCCGGGGUCAAAAAGUUGAUUUUAUCGAUGGCCUGAACACGAUAUGCGGAGCUGGCGACCCACUUUCGAGGCAUGGCUUAGCAAUUCACAUCUACAUUUGCUGUUCGCCAAUGGACCGUCGAGCCUUUCAAAAUGCAGAUGGAGAUUUUCUCAUAGUGCCAGAGUUGGGCACGCUCGAAAUCACCACGGAAUUUGGCAGAAUGCGUGUCGAACCCAAUGAGAUCUGCGUCAUCCAGCAAGGGAUGAGGUUUAGCAUCUCCGUAAACGGCCCGUCACGUGGGUACGUCCUCGAAGUAUACGACGGACACUUUGUCCUGCCACACUUGGGGCCUAUUGGUGCGAAUGGCCUUGCCAAUCCUCGAGACUUUCUAACACCAGUGGCGUGGUAUGAAGACCUAGACGGGGUCAUGUAUACACUUAUCAACAAAUAUCAGGGAAAGUUGUUCGCCACCACACAGAGUCACUCACCGUUUGACGUUGUCGCAUGGCACGGAAAUUUUGUCCCGUACAAAUACGAUCUCACAAAGUUCGUGGCAGUUAAUUCGGUCUCCGUUGACCAUUGCGACCCAUCAAUCUUCACUGUACUUACUUGCCCCUCAACAAAACCUGGGGUUGCCAUUGCCGACUUCGUUAUCUUCCCUCCCCGUUGGUCUGUUGCUGAGAGAACUUUUCGACCACCCUAUUAUCACCGUAAUUGCAUGAGCGAAUUCAUGGGACUAAUAAGCGGUUCGUACGAAGCGAAAGAGGCGGGCUUUGAGCCAGGCGGUGCUACUCUACAUUCAAUGAUGACACCACACGGACCGGACGUUAAUUGCUUUAGGCAGGCAACUGAAGCAUUACUCAAACCAGUGAGAGUUGCAGAAAAUUCAAUGGCGUUCAUGUUUGAGUCGUCGCUAUCAAUGGGUCUAACCCGCUGGGCUGAAGAAGGUUGCGAGCAAGUGGAUAAAGACUAUUUCAAGUGUUGGCAAGGCUUGCCGAAAUUCUUCAACGGCAGGCUGAAACCCUAAGAAUCUCGAUGUACUACAAGACGCAGUCCUAAAUGUCCUCUUUUUGUCCUUUUUCAGUAUUUUGCCGGAGCGAUAUCUAUUGAUCACUCAAGUAGUAUAUUGUACGUUCUCGCCUAGGACGGCUCAGCAGUUGGUUACUAUGAAUAUAACGAAUCGCAAUAGAGCUGUACCGCGCAAAGGUUCUACCGACAGAUUUUCUGUUAACAAGCGCCAGAAUUGAUUUGUCACCCUUCAUUAGUUUCAGCCAAUUUCCCCGUACAAUGAGAUCCUCAAAACGAAAAUCUAUUAUUUCCACGAUCCUGAAUCUGUCUUGCUAUGAAAUUUCAUGUAUCGUGAGAAGCAAAAAAAGAUUCUUCUUUUUCUUUUUC